AUGACAGGGGCUACAGUGUACAUCUUGAGUGCAGUUGAUUCGGAUAGUGAUACCCUGUCGUAUGGAGUCUCGGGACAAGUUUCAGAUACCCUGUUUAUGGUUAAUGCAAGCUCUGGGGUCGUUAUUUUGAAAUCACAGUUGGACAGAGAGCUAACAGAUGAAUACCAGAUUACUGUAACAGUCUCAGAUGGGACAAAUCCAGUGGUACAACAGAACCCGACCAUCUUCAUAACUGAUGCCAACGACAACAGUCCAGUGUUCCAGGGUGUUCCCUAUGUAGUGGAUGUCAAUGAGAAUGACAUUCAACAAACCAGCUUAUUCAGAGUGACUGCAACUGAUGCAGACCAAGGGAUAGGGGGGACUGUGUCCUACUUUCUUGAGAUUGGAGAUGAAACAAAGUUUGAGGUUGACAGACCGACUGGAGUUGUGAACUUAAAGGAACAGCUAGACUACGAGACAUCAUCUGUGUAUCAACUCCGAAUCAGAGCUCAGGAUGGAGGAGGCAGCUUACAAGGAAGCCAAGUUUUCCAGAGCAGCACCACUGUCCUGAUAGUGAAUGUUGUUGAUGAGGAUGAUCAGCCUCCUCUGUUCUUGGGACAGCCUUUCUCAACACAAGUCAACGAAGACACUCUAGUGGUCACUGCAAGAGAAGAUUUGGCAGCUGAGCAUUUGAGCAGUAAUGUCACAGUUCUGGUGACGUUAGAGGAUACCAACGACAACUCUCCAGUGUUCAACCAGGCUAAAUACGACCUGACUGUAGCCGAGAACUCUCCAGACGGGACUGUAGUGGGAACAAUCAUGGCAACAGAUCUGGACUCUGGUGAAUUUGGUAUAAUUAAGUACAGCUUGCAAGGGAGUGGAUGUGACAGGUUUGCUAUCAACAACCUAACAGGGGAGAUAACAGUUGCCAAGGGCAGUGAGUUGGACAGAGAGACCAUCCCGCUCUACUUUCUCACCUUGCUAGCGGAGGAUGGCGGCGGACGGAUAUCCAACGCACAACUGCAAAUCACCCUGACGGAUGUCAAUGAUUGGACGCCAAUCUUCUACAGAUCCUACCACUGGAAAAUCUUUGUUAGAGAUAACGUUGUAGAAACUAGCCAGGCACUACAGAUACUGGCUGUUGACAACGAUGAAGGUACCAAUCAAGACAUCCUGUACUCCAUUGUUAAGGGAAAUACGCGAGGUAUUUUCACCAUUGAUGAAGACAGUGGCAUCAUGAACCUGACACGAUCACUGGACUAUGAAGCGCUCGGUGGUCGUGGGCGAAAACAACAACCAUGCCUGUCUACCAGCUUCUGGUAA